AUGGUGGCCGACGGGAAGUCCUCGCCACUCAUCUCCUUGUGCGCUGGCGGCAUUGCUGGUGGUGUCGAGGCCUUUUGCACGUAUCCAUUCGAGUUUGCCAAAACUCGCGUGCAACUAUACGGCCAUGGCAGUAGUAGGAAUCCAUUCAAGAUUGUUGGGCAGGUCAUUAAAGAGGAGGGCGUCACUGCAUUAUACAAAGGUUGCUCGACCAUGAUUGUGGGUUCGAUAGGUAAAGACGCCAUCCGCUUCGUGGCUUUUGACAGCAUACGAAAGGCGUUUGAGGAUCCCGAGACACACACUCUUGGGCCGGCGCAGUCCAUAGCAUCUGGCAUGGUCGCCGGAGUCGUGUCAUCCACCAUCAUCGUCACACCUACCGAGCGCAUCAAGACUGCCCUGAUUGAUGAUGCCAAGACGCUGCAGCGCUUUCGGUCGCCUUGGAACUGCAUCAGCACGCUCACGGCGGAACAAGGCCUGCGCCGGGCGUUGUAUGCCGGCUAUGUGACCACGACACUCAAGCAAAUUGGGACCACGGGGUUUCGGUUGGGAACCUACUCCAUCAUCAAGGACUGGGAAAAGUCACGGGGCAUCAAUGUAAAUUCACCAUUGACCACAUUUGCAAAUGGAGCUGUCGCGGGAACGCUCACUACGCUGGCGACACAGCCCUUCGACACGGUCAAAACCAAGGCACAGCAGGCCAAGGCAGUGGGCACCAUGGAUGCCGUACGAAUAAUUCUCAAAGAGGACGGUUUCUUCAAAGGCUUCUGGCGCGGCACCGUCAUGAGACUGGGAAGGACGGUCAUGGCUGGCGGUAUCCUCUUCACUGCCAAUGAGCAAGCUGUCAAAUUGUUGCGAACAAUCACUCCACCUCAAUACCAAUAA